CGAAGCACCACAUUUCGUACGAAACUUUCGUGUACCGGGUACGUGUUGAGCAAAAGCGAAAAAUGAACUUUUUUCUUCCACACAUCUGCAUUUUUGUAAUUUUAUUCAAAAGUGUAUCCGUAGAUGGUCAAAACCAGUUCCACCCGUUUCUAUUAUACUUCUUUUAUGAUGCCCCGCUAUUUCGUUUUCCACUGGAUAAGAUUCCAUCAACAAGUGAUGCAAAUAUCAUAACAUUAUGCCCUCCUGAAACGGAAGAAGAUAAAAGAAAUUUCUAUACAAUUUCUAAAACUUUCCUACAAGCUAAGUAUUGCCUAUUUCGGAAGGACUUCUUCCCAAUAGAUGAGCCCAAAUUUUGCAGAGAGCAACCAAAACCGUGGCUUGAACUGGAGCUUCUGAAUAAUAUUGAUGAACAACUAUGUGGAACGUCGCCAAAGCACAAACAAUUCAGAAUAGGAUUUUACUUUUGCGGGCCUUCGGAGCUGUUGAUAGAUUUUCGGAAAAAACCAGAUGAACCAAGUUUGGUUGCAAAAUUUCGAAGCAUUUUGGAGUAUCUUGCAUUAGGACGCAGAGUAUUACCUCAAUUCCAUAAAAUUUAUAAUCUUUGCAUCGACACAACAAAUGGAAAAACCUUUUGGACAAAGCACAAUAUUAUGACCCCUGCGAUGUUUACCGAUAAUGAAGAAAAAUUACAACAAGAAUCAGGAGGAGAUACAGAAAUCAGUACCGAUCCGAUACGUUUUGAAGCCAAUACUUUCAUCAAUUUGAAGCAGAAAUUCCUCUCACAAAAUGAGGAAUCAUUUAAAAUGACUGAAAACUUCAUGGUACCGAGAGAACACGUGGCACUGAGAGUAUGGAGAAAUGCUGUAAAUCAUUUCAUCAACGUGGCUCCCCUAUGGGACAAGCUAGAAAAAUUGAUGAUCUCUGUUAACCAAGCAAUUAAAAAAAUUGCCCUACAAUUAACCAAAAACAAGCAGAAAUUGACUGUUUACACUAGAGCGAUUGAUUCAAAUGACGGUGAUGAAACAACAAGUCAAGUCAAUGGUCAAUUUUCCAACAGUAUGUGGUACAAAUUACUUCGCGAAGACAUAAGUGAGACUGCGACGUUGAUAGUUUUACACAAUACACCAAACUCGCCACCAGAAGAGAAAAAAUGCGAAACAAAAAUGGCCUGUGAUUUUAAGAAUUGGUAUAAAAAAAAUGCCGAUGAUGGCGAUGAAGGUAUUCCUGAUGAGGUUUUUGAGUAUGUGUAUUGUUGCAAUCCUACACCUCCAGAGAUUCUUAAAUUAUUUGGUUUGGAUUUAACCAUAACGGGGCCAUUGAACCUCGAUAGCGUAUUUUAAAGAGCUGUAGAUGUAUGUAAUUGACAACGUAAAAGAAAUGUUCCAAGACUUUGUAAAAAUUAUUAUAUAUAAUUAUAUUAAAAAAAAAAACAAGCAAAAUAUGCAUUGCCAAAGCCAAAGCAGUUUUAAGAUUAUGAAAUGGUCUAAAUAAAAUUAUUCAUGUACCUAUCUACCUAUUUGA